AUGGGGGAAAGCAAGGGAAGAUGCGAAGAAUGUGAUUUUACAUUUUCCGAUCGUCAAUCUAAGCAUAAUCAUUUCUUAGUUAAACAUCAAAAAGAUGAAGAUAAAAUUUACGCAUGUUCUCAGUGUUCAAAAAAGUUUGUAAGGAAAUAUCUUCUGGAGCAGCAUAAAUCAUUUUCUCAUAGAGAAUUUAUACCAAAGUGCAAAAAUUGUGGUAAAAGAUUUAAAACUGUAGAGGAAUUAACGGAACAUUACAAUAAGGAAGACUGUCAUCCUGGUACAAUGUGUGAUAUUUGUGCAAAAUAUAUUCGCGGCUCAGCUGCUUUUAAACGGCACCAGUUAGAGCAUCAGGGUGUUUCGAUUCCAAAAGUGCAAUGUGAUUUAUGUGGUUUGUGGUAUAAAGAUAAAAGAGGAUUAAAGAGACACAAAAUAAAACACAUAGAAUCCAAAGAACCUCAUGUUUGUGACAUAUGUCAAAAAUUGUCUCCAAGUCGUAGUGCGAUGUUAAGUCACAAACGUUAUGCUCACGGAACCGACCGAACACAUCAAUGUAAUGUAUGCCACAAGACAUUUAAGAAGCCAAUAUCACUGAGAGAGCAUAUGACUACACAUACUGGAGAAGUGCUCUAUAAAUGUCCACACUGUACUAAGACAUUUAAUUCAAAUGCAAAUAUGCAUUCACAUCGAAAAAAGGUGCAUCCAAAAGAAUUUGAAGAGGCUCGGAAACAACGUAAGCAAAAUAAUCCACCUAUUGGUUAA